ACCAAUCAGUUUCCAUUCCGACACCAUGAUAGCCCAACGUAUGACGCUCUCAUUGCUCUGCUUGGCUGUAGCCCUGGGUCUUGUUGUGGCCUCGCCGCAGGGCCGUCUGCUUGGCUCCGAGGACGCCGAGAUGUCCAAGUACCCCUGGGUGGCAUCGUUGCGCCUAAACAAAGCGCAUGUCUGCCAGGCCAACAUCAUUUCCCAGACACAGAUGAUCACCGCCGCCCACUGUGUGUCCGAUUUGGGUACCCAGCCGGUUCCUGCGUCGCAGUUGACGGCUCGCGUGGGCAGCAUCAAUCAGUUUGCCGCCGGUCUGUUGGUUGACAUCAAGGAGGUGAAGAUACAUCCCUCGUAUGGCAAUUUCUUGCAUGAUGUGGCCAUUCUGACACUCAGCCAACCCUUGACCUUCACCGAGAAGAUCAACAAGAUUGCAUUGCCCGAGAAGCCAGAGGGUGGCGAUGAACUUCCUGAGUUACCAGCAAAUGGAACACCCGUCUAUGUCACCGGUUGGGGUGAACAGUUGGACGGUUCCUCCAAGUACAAUCUGCAGAAGGCCAAUUUCAACACAUUGAGCAAAUCAAACUGUGAACUGGCCGCCGGCUAUGGCUACGACUCCGUGCUGUGCCUCUCCAGCGCCGAGAAGCAGGGUGUCUGUCGUGGCGAUGAUGGUGCUAGUGUUGUGGAUGACAAUGGUGUUAUGGUUGGCAUUGUUAGCUUCUUCUUUGGCAACUGCGGCACCAAAUAUCCCGAUGUUAGCACUCGCAUCUCCUACUAUCGCGACUGGAUUGAUGCCAAUCAGCAGUAGUUCCUUCCUGGGAGGCGUACCAUUACCCAAUCCCCUUGUGUCUUUUUAUAUUUUUUUUCCAUAUUUUUUUCAUGUGCAUAAAAUUGUGAUGUUCUGUUGAAAA